AUGGCCGCCACGCAAGAGAAACCAAGAACCAAGGAGGAGUGGAUUAAAUCCGAGGAUGGCCACGAGAUCUUCACAAAGACAUGGUACGCUGUCGGUACUCCCGUGGCAUCCAUCGUCUUUGUUCACGGGCUCGGAGAGCAUAUCGUUCGUUACGAUCACGUUUUCGAAGAGUUCAGCAAGGCUAACUUCCAGGUCUCUGGAUUCGACCAGCGUGGAUUCGGUCAAACAGGUGAGGAGUGUUGCUGGAGGGCUAAGACAAAGACCUUGGGACGCACUGGAGGAUAUGCCAAGGCCAUCCCCGACAUCACCGCUGCAUUGAAGCGCGGUGAGAUCGAAGGUAUUCCUUUAUUCCUUAUGGGCCAUUCUUAUGGAGGAAGCCUGGUUCUCAACUACGAUUGCAUCGGACCCUUGCGCACAAAGCUCUCAGGCCUCAUCGCCUCUGCACCCCUCGUCCUCGCCUCAGCGCCGACUCGUCCUAACAGCCUGACCGUGUCCUUCGCAGGUGCUGUCUCCAAGAUCAUGCCCUCGCUCAGGAUUCCCAUCAACCUCUCCUCAAAGUACAUCUCGCGUGACCCCAAGGAGGUCACAAAAUACAACGACGACCCUCUCGUUCACGGUUACGGCACCACCAAGGGAUUGUUUGACAUGUUGUCGAACGGAAAGUUGUUGCUCACGACCCGUUACCAGGAAAUCUGCGCUGAUGUCCCACUGUUGAUCUGCCAUGGAACUGCGGAUGGAUUGACGGAUCAGGACGCGAGCAAGGCCUUCUUUGACAAGAUCCAAGUCAAGGACAAGGAAUACAAGGUCUAUUCGGAUCAUUAUCAUGAGCUCCACAAUGAGCCCGAGGAUGAUCGCAAGGUCGUGAUUGAUUACUAUAUCCAAUGGAUCCGUGCUCAUUUGCCUAAGCAGCCUGUCGCGGAGACUGUUAUUGCUGCGCCUGAGGCUGUCCCUGUCGCUGAGGCCGCGGAGACAGUAGUGGUUGCGUAA